CUCGAGCUAUCUAUCCAUCUGUCUGUCCGUCCAUCUCCCUCUCCUCAGUGCCUUCCUCCUCCCCCCGCCCUCCUCGCUCUGCAUGCGCUGCGGGGCCGGGCGCUCCCCUCAUCCCCAUCUGACAGAUGAACACCGCCAUGGGUUUGCCGCAACACAAGCAACAAAAGCACCUUUGGGGGCUGUGGCGAGGGAUUGGAACCGAGAUCUAAAAGAGAAGAGAGAAGAAGUAGGAGGAGGAGGAAGAGGAGGAAAGAAGAAGAGGAAGCUGCUAAGAAGCCCCCGCUGCCGUUUUGGGGAUAUGGUGCCAGAUCUGGUGUCUUCUGAGCUCCUUGCAGCCUUUGGGUGACUAGGACAUUGAAUUUGGUGGACAGUUACCAUUUGUUCCCUUGGAUCGUACCUGCCCUUGCUUUCCUCAUCCCCUCCUGUGCUCCCCUUCCCUCUGAUAAAACUCCAGGGUGUUUCAGUAUUGCUAUGGACCCCAGAGAGACUCUGGGCAGUUCUGGUAAGGCAGACUUUCUGCGAGCUGCUGUUACCUCUGUGAAGCCUCUGUCUGCCUCCUGCUUUGUGAAGGAGACAAUGCUGCCUGUGGCAGGCUCAGAGAAAGGGAUCCUGGUGAGUGGCAAGAGACUGGAGCCUGAGGAAGAGGAUGAGCUGUGUUCUGGGAGAGAUGUGGAUUCCACUUCCAAUGCAGACAGCGAGAAAUGGGUGGUGGGAUACGGCCUGGAGGAGCAGGAAUUUUCCAUCAAGGAGGCUAACUUUACAGAGGGGAGUUUAAAACUAAAGAUCCAGACCACCAAGAGAGCUAAGAAGCCCCCAAAGAACUUUGAGAACUAUAUUUGCCCUCCUGAGAUCAAAAUCACCAUCAAGAAGUCUGGGGAGAAGAAGUUUUCUCGAGUUGGUAAAAAUAGCAAGGCAGCUAAAGAGGAGGACAGAUCACACUCCAGAAAGAAGGUUUAUGACAGACCACAAAAACAUUCUGCUCUGCACUAUGAUCCAGGUCUCCAACAAGACUUCACCAGUGACACCUUAAAAUCAAAGCACCAGAUGAAAUGUGGCAAUCAGGACCAUCUUGACUGGUCAGCAAGCUCUGAUAAUGGAUCCACUUCUCAAAGUUGCUUUGUUAACACAGAACCCAGUAGAGAAGCAGUUAGUGCUAUCAAGGUCUCCACUCUGGAGCCAGGAGUUUCCUUCAGCAAAUUCCAGGCAAAAAAGUCCUGCGUCAGCUACACAUGGAGGCAACUGUCAGCUGGUAGUAAAGAGUUUGCCAUUUGUAGUGCAGUCCCAUCACCCAACAGCAUCAGCGGGGCUGCCCAGCUGAACAGUGCCUCUGAGUGCAAUGGGCUUUUGCCUCUUGGAGAUCAAGAGGGAGGUGUGCAACUGGAAGCCCCCAAUCAGCCCACCAAGAGUACAAAGAAGAAGUCCUGCAAAAACAACUUGCUAAGUCAAGCCAUCCAAACCAAAAACAUCAAAUGCAUAAAAAGUGCUCAGAAAGCAUUUGACAGCACAUCCCAUGACAGCAUGGAAGGUAAAAAGGUGUCUUAUUCAAUGGACAGUGUGUUGGAUACAUUACCCUUAAUUCAGAAUCCCAUUUCUGCUAGCAGUUGUGAAAGUGACAUCAGUCACAUACAAAUUACUAUCCCAAUAAAGUCUCUGACAACAGAUACAUCUGACCACAAAAGGAGAAAAAGGCACUCCACAAAAUCUUUCAUAGAGAAAACUAUCCAGGAGAAAAGCCUACCUUCUGGACUUGCUAUGAGCAGUGAAGUAACAAACAGGACUAGCUCUCAGCCAGAGGGGAGUACAAAAGAUCUUCGAGCCACAAAGACAGGAAAAGUGAUUGAAAAUGAGUCCCCCUUAGUAGCUAUUGACAGUGGUCUGUUCACUGACAAAGCCUCCCCCAACUGUGCCACCAGAUUCAGAAAAUCUGUAUCUGUGACAUCCACUCUCAUAUCCACUGAUCUUCCCACAACCAACAAAUUAUCUGAGAUCCAGCAUCCCAAACAUGCAGUUAAGUGGCAAUGGACCUGUAGCCAACCUAAAUCUAUCCUUCAGGAGACCUCCAUGACAACAUCUGAGAAACUGAUGGUGGAGCCUCCUUCAGCCUAUCCCAUCACACCAUCCAGCCCUCUUUAUACCAAUACAGAUAGUCUUACUGUGAUCACACCUGCCAAGAAAAAAAGAGGACGACCAAAGAAACAGUCUUUGCUCACUGUUGAAACCAUUCAUGAGGGAACCUCCACCAGCCCAGUGAGUCCAAUCAAUCACGAAUUACCAGGAACAAAUAAAAGGAAGAGGAGAAGGAAUCUGCCCAAGUUGACCCAGAUAGUUCCAGGAGAGGACAAGUCCAUCAGUGAACUCAAGUUUCAUAAAAGGGUCGGAAAACUUGGGGUCUUAGAUAAGAAGACCAUCAAGACCAUUAAUAAAAUGAAAACCCUCAAGAGGAAAAUCAUUCUCAAUCAGAUCUUGUCCUCCUGCUCCAGCAGCAUAGCUCUGAAAGCAAAAGUCCAACCACCAUCUAGUGCUGGGCCAACCACCAUUGAUGCCAGGCUAGGGAAGCUGAUCAAUGUCAGCAAGAGGGGGACUAUCUACAUUGGUAAAAAACGGGGCAGAAAGCCAAGGGCAGAACUGCAGCCUCAACCAGAAAAACCUAAGACAGCCAUCAAGCACUCAAGGCCUGUUUCCAACCAACCAGAAAAUCCAGCAGUGCCUUCCAACCUGCAGUCACUUGUGGCAUCAUCACCAGCAGCUAUUCAUCCACUUUCAACACAGUUAGUGGGGAUUAAUGACAACCUCAGCCCUGCAAGCACUGAAACUAAUUUUUCAGAGUUAAAAACUAUGCCAAAUCUUCCACCUAUCAGUGCUCUUCCUACAAAAACACAGAAAGGAAUGCACAGUAAAACUUGGAAGCUGUCUCCACCCCGGCUAAUGGCUAAUUCACCUUCUCACCUCUGUGAAAUAGGUUCUCUGAAAGAAGUCACGCUGUCUCCAGUGAACAAGUCUCACAGUGAGGAAACCAUACCAAGCGACAGUGGGAUAGGUACAGACAACAACAGUACCUCUGACCAAGGUGAGAAAAGCUCAGAAUCUCACCGGAGAUACUCCUUUGAUUUCUGCACCCUGUGCAAUCCAGAGGCUAUCCCAUCUGACACCAGCAUAAAGAACAGGCAUGGUCAGUGGCAGAAACAUCUCAUUGUGGAUAGCUUUCUCUUUCAUGGGGAUAUUAAAAAGCCAAAGCACAAGAAGGAAAGGAAAAGUCUGCAGAACAGAGAUGACCUCCAGGCAGACCUUGAGGAACUCAUCAAUAAGUUUCAAAUGUUCAGGAUUUCCCGUAAAAGUUAUACAUUUUAUCAUGAAAAUCCAUAUCCCAGCAUCUUCAGGAUUAAUUUUGAUCACUACUACCCUGUGUCAUAUAUCCAGUAUGACCCAUUGCUCUAUCUUUGCAAGACCUCUGAUAUAAAGUCUAAGAAGAAGCGUGGUAGACCUGCCCAAACCAAUGACACCAUGACAAAGGUGCCUUUUUUACAAGGGUUCGGUUACCCUAUUCCCAGUGGGAGUUACUAUGCACCCUAUGGAAUGCCUUACACAUCAAUGCCUAUGAUGAAUCUUGGUUACUAUGGUCAGUAUCCUGCUCCUCUGUACCUGUCUCACACGCUUGGAGCACCUUCCCCAUUUAUGAGACCUACUGUGCCCCCACUCCAAUUCCAUGCAAGCUCUCAUAUGAAGAUGUCUACCACUGCCAAACAUGAAGCAAAACAUGGAAUGCACCAACAGGCCCCUAUGGGUCUUGGAAACAUGAAGUCCUCUUUGGCUCCUCCAAAGGUUGGAGGAACAAGCCUUUCAAGUGGCCGACUUAAAAGGAAACACAAACAUAAGUACAAGCAUAAGGAUGAGCAGAUAUUGGGGCCACAUGAAGAUCUGAGUGGUCUCUUUGCUAGCAAGUCCACUGACUUCCCCAGCCAUGCAAUCAAUGAAAGGCUAAGCACCUCAGAUGAAGACUUCUUGUUCAAUGAGAAAAGAAAACACAAGAAGCAGAAGCACCAGCAUUGUGAAACGAGACACAAAGGCUCAAAGAGUAACUUUGAAGCGGAUACACUGUCUAUGUUAUCACUUCCUGAUGCCCAGCAGUGGACACAGAGUAAAGAUAAUAGUGAUUCAAGCAAUGAUCCCGUUGACUCUUGCACAAAGAGAUACUCUGGUAAUACUGAGAGUAAUGGAAGGUCGGAGUCCCUGGGCAUGUUUGGUGAAAUGAAUUCCUCAAGUGAGAAGCAGGAAAAUGAUGCAAGGGAGAAUAAAAGAAGAAGCUUUGAAGGGUUUGGAACUUACAGGGGAAAGGACAUUCAGCCCUUCAGGACAAAUAAGAAGAACGGAAGUACUUAUGAUUCUUCAGCUUCUUCAGGUGAAACUGCGACUUAUGUGGGAAAACUGGAUGGUUGAAGGAGAACAUUCCUACACGAACACCGGGAGGCUGCACCGAACAAGUUAUGCUACUGUCUGCCAGUGGAUACUGGAUGCCUGGGGUAAAGUAACAGCCAAAACUAUGAUCUAAGGGUUCGCGAUGGUCGACAUCGUUCCUGGACUGACCAGCAAUGCCAUCGAGAGUACCGAAACUGAUGACUCUUGACGGUGAAGAUACAGGCAAUGGGGGUUUGGGUUUGCUGGAUGCCUCCAUAGCCCAACUGCUGAUUUCCAAUACGGAGGACAAAGAGUUCAAAGGUUUCAUGGAAGAUGAAACCGCUGAUGAAGCGACUGGUGAAUGAAAAAUGAAGCUGUUUAAAAGUUUGAUCAAA